AUGUUAAAGAAUUUUGCAAAGAUAUAUACACCUUUAAAGCAGCAGAAGCUGUUGAGAAAUAAUCAAAGAAUUCUAUCUACUUUUCAUCACUCAAGAAACAUUCGAACGACCUCAGCGGUCUGUAACCAGCAACGUGAGCGAAACGAGACAGUAGCGAAUAGGUUAUAUACCGUUCGCCCCGUUACUUUCUGGAUGGAUAAAAUACUUGAAAAGGAAAAUAAAAAAUCAUUAGAAGAAACCGGCAGCCAGCAUGAACGUAUCACCAUUGAAAAAACAAUGUUAGAUAGUUAUAUCGAGGAAUAUCUACCUUUUAAAUCAUCGCCGAGCUUGCUAGAGGAAUAUGUUAGUACAGGUGGUAGGGUACGGAUUGGAAAGAUCUUGGAGGAUUUAGAUGCUUUGGCAGGUGCAAUUGCUUAUAAGCACAUAGAUACUUUUGCAGCAAGUCCACCAACAACGGUUGUUACUGCAAGUGUUGAUCGUAUGGACCUAUUAAUGCCUAAUACUGUUGAGGAUUUCAAACUCUCAGGGCAUGUUGCGCAUGUGGGAAAGAGCAGUAUGGAAGUGUUUAUCAAGGUAGAGACUAUACCAAAGUACGAUCCGACGAAAGAAACGAGCUCCAAAUCUCCACCGGACGACUUCCUCAGUCAGCCUACACCCAAUACAGUUCUAUUUUCUCGAUUUACCAUGGUGGCGAUCGAUUCCAUUAGCGGAAAACCUAUCCAAGUAAACUCUUUAAAAACCCGUGACGAACAGGAACGGAACUUAUCCCUAUAUGCUCAGGACUGCAAAGCACGAAAAAAGUCAUUAAGUCAGUCAGCACUCGACAGAACACCACCAACAGUAGAUGAACGUUUAACACUACAUGACCUGUAUAUGAAAUAUGCUCAAGUAAAAGACAGUGAUUUGGACAAAAACUCUGUAUGGAUGGAGAAUACCGAAUUACAGAGUGUAUUCUUAAUGCAACCACAAGACCGUAAUAUUCAUCAUAAAAUUUUUGGUGGGUAUUUAAUGCGACGAGCAUAUGAGCUUGCACAUGCUACCGGCACCUUAUUUGUGGGCUCCUCUGUAGGUUUUUUAGCAUUGGAUGAGAUCGCAUUUAAGAAGCCAGUGCCAGUAGGUUCUUUGUUAAAGUUAACGUCAAAAGUCAUCUAUGCUGAGGGUACGCCUCAUCGAUCUAUUCAAGUCAGAGUGAUUGCCGAAGUGAUAAAUCCAGAGAUUCGAUCCACAGAUAUCACGAAUACAUUUCAUUUCACUUUGGCAGCUCCCGAGAAUAAGCCUGUGUCUCGCGUUUUACCACGAACAUAUGCUGAAGGCAUGCUAUACCUUGAAGGCAAACGAAGACGAGACCAAGGAGUGCAAGGACGAAAGCAGCUCCUAAGACUGAUGUCUAAUGUUGAUAAUAAUACUGGGAAUAACUAA